CCCUUCUUCUUCUUCUCCUUGCAUCGAACAAGAAGACCAAAGCCGACCCACACCUCCCCUUGAAAAAAAAAAACCGGUAAAGCUUGAUGAUUUUUGCCUUUCUUUUCUUAUUCAAGAACAAGAUUUGACCUUAGAAACCACCCCCCCUACAGGAAUUUCCAAAUCUACUAUGCUCUGUCUUCACCGUCUGCUACUCUUGUUGUGUGGGUGUGAUUUUCGGUCUUUUGCCACUGAGUCCCCUGCAGAAUUGCCGCCGGCUUCUUCCCUCCGCUAGGUCCGGUUCUGCAACUGGAAAAAUUCUAGUUCUUGAUCCUUGGGGCACUUUAGUAUGUGGCUUGAGUCUUCAGUUUUAUGCGAUUUGAGGUAAGUAAAUUAUGAUAACGCCCUUCGAUUUCAAAGCAUGUUUUAAAUUGUUUUUUAGAUGGUAGCAAGGUUUAAAUUAAUUUUGUUAGCAACAAGCAUGACUGGUUUGAAACGGAAUUAUUUUCAUUUUCAUUGAGUAAAGCAUGCCCACUUGGAAUUUACUAAAUUGCUCUGAUGAUUUGAGAAUUUUGUAAAUUCUGAUUUUUUGUUAAAUCCAUGCCCACAUGGAAUUUUCUGGUUUAUUUCUGAAAUUUGAGAUUGAUUGUGAAUUACGGAUUUUUCUGUAAAUCAUGCAUGGUUUUGUCUCUGAUAUAGUCAUGAUUACUGUGCUCACUAGUGGGAGGUUUAUAAACGCUAGCACAUGUCGACAUGUUUACUGAUAGGACCGAUUCAUUCCAUAAUCCUACCAAUGAGAUAAUACAUUGGUUAUUACUGAAAUCCUACCAAUGGAAUAAAACAUUGGUUACUACUGUGCCCGCUAGUAGGAGGUUUAUAAACGUUGGCCAUGACUUAUAGAUGAGAUUACUACUAAAUUUUCUUCUACAUUAACGGUUUGUCAUUGAACACUUUGUUAUUGAAUUGAAUCUUAUUUUGUUGUACCUAUGAUUUUGAUGAUUACAAAAUACAUUUGAAUGACUAAUUGAUUUAUUUAAGUGUGUAGUUAAAUUGCCAAUAUACUACAAAGUAAGCAAAAUGAGAUUGCAUUAAAAAGGGCUCAAAGGGUAAAAAUAUGCAGAGAGCCGGCUUAAGACAAUUGCAGCUGGCUCUGAGAAGCAAAAAUGCAGAGCGCCGGCUACAAAUUUUGUUGAGCCGGCUCUACAGGCAAGAAAUUCAACUGCUGUUUUGGCGCGCGCAGAAAAUGGAAGCAGAGUCGGCUCCAGCUUUGUAGCCAGCUAUGAAGGCGCAUUUAAUGCACAACGGUCGACUUAUUUGAAGAAUAUUUAAUGUAUUUAAAAUCGGAGUUCCAAAGCCGACUCAAAGUUUUGUAGCCGGCUCUCGAGAAAAACAGAAUGGAUUGCAAUCCCGCAAAGCCGGCUGUGGAAAUGGUAAGCCGGCUCUAGGAAGCUAAGCCGGCUCUCUUAACAAUCCAGCAACUCGAGCUUCGCGUCCUGCAGGGCAUUUAAUGACCCCCAAUGGCUAGAAAUGGCUAUUUUCGACCAUGGGGUUAUAAAUAUGGUUGGUAGAAGAUCUGAGGGAGUUUUAGAGAGCAUUGUAUUGAAUAUCUUUACCUACCUACAUGAGCUUUAACUUGAGUUUUUGAUCUUUGAGAGAUCUUUGUUUGUAAUCCUCUUCUUAUGCUAUUAGUGAGUGAUCUUGGGGGUGUGUUGAUUCCUUUAAGAGUGAUCUGUAGAGAGGAUCUGUAGAGAGGAUCUUUGGGGUUUAAGUGUAAAGGGGUGAGAUUUGAGAGAAACACCCUUUUUUUUGUAAAGGAUUGAGUGGCUCCUUUAAGCCACCAUUGUUUUUGUUAGUGGAGAGUGUGGAGGAAAUCCUUGGUGAGUGAAGCCAAGGCAG